GUUGUUUGUGCUGCAGCACGCUCUUGAAGCACGGAGGCGGGCCCCCGCAGAGUGCAGCUGAUAGGAAGCAAAGCCAAGACAGCCUCCCUUAAGGACAGGCGCGUGGCUGCUGAGCUUAUGCGUCCCACCUGCUUGGCGUGAAUCAAGAUGAGCGAGGACAGUGAGGACGGCUCAAAGGAUCGCAAGGGCCAGGACUUCAAGAAGGGGCUAUGGACGCAGGAAGAGGACAACACGCUGGCGCUGUGUGUGCAGAGGUUCAAAGAGGGCAACUGGAGCACAAUCGCCAUGAAGUGCGGGCUGCAGAGGAGCGGGAAGAGUUGCCGGCUGCGGUGGGUGAAGCACCUGAGCCCGCACGUGCGCAGCGGCCCACUGACGGAGGAGGAGCAGCGCAAAGUGAUUGAACUGCAAAAGGUGCACGGCAACAAGUGGAGCCACAUCGCGCAGUUCCUGCCAGGCAGAUCAGACAACACCAUCAAAAACUUCUGGAACUCCCACCGCAAACGUCUAGCUCGGCGGGCUGCUCGCGAGGCGGCUGCGCGUGCCAAGGCGCAGGGGCUGGCCUACGACGUGGCCAUGCUGCCAGGCUACGAGGGGUACGACAGCGAGGGCACGCUGCGCGACAGCAGCCACAUGGGGGGCAGCCAGCUGGGAAGCACGGAGGAGGAGGGCGAGAGCGAGGGCGACACGGGCCAGUACGGCAGCAGCUACCUGGACGCGCUGCCGGGGGGGCCCUACGAGGAGGCCUCCAGCAGCGCCAGCUCGGGGGACACGCAGCGCAUGCGCAUGGCCGGGGCGCACGGCCACGCCCCGCGCAUGCCCCACCAGAUGUACCACAUGGGGGGCACGAAAAGCCCGGGCAUGCCGCCCCACGGGAUGGCGCCAGGGGGGUGGCAACAAGGCCCGGGGCUGGGGGGGUCACGGCUGGGCCAGAUGAGGGGAGGGGGCGGCCCCCUGCCACAACACCAGCAGAUGCACAUGCGGCAGCUGCGGCCGUCGCGGUUGAGCAUUGCGGGAGCCACCGAUGGUGGCGCAGCGGGGGGCCCGCUCAUGGGGCCCAGCCAGCUGCAGCGCAAGAACGGGCACGCACCGCUUGCGGGCGGCGCUCGGGGCCACCCCGGGCAGGCGGGCCACCCGCAGGCCCUGCUGGCGCCACAGCACCCGGGAGCGCCGCGGCAGCUCACGCCUGCGGGCGGGCCGCCGAGCUUCUCCAAGAUGAUGCAGGACGCCAGCCUGGUGGGGGGGUUCGCGGGGUUCGAGCCGGGGUGGCCGAGCCCGCACAUGCCCAAGCUGGAGAGCAUGGAGGAGGGCAUGCAGAGCAACACGGUGAGCCCGCUGGGCGGCGCGGGCCCGCCCAAUCCCUUCCAGUACCUCACCAGCCCCACCAGCCUCGCGCACCACUUCGCCACCAAGCCCAUCGGCGGCUUCUCCCAGUUCCCCAACCCGGCCCCCAGCCCGCGCUUUGACGGCAGCGGCUCCGCGUUCAGCCCGCGCUUCGACGCCAGCCCGCGCUAUGGCUCGGGCUUCAAGUUCGACCUGAGCCCGCGCUUCGACAUGUCCCCCCGCUUCGAGGCCAGCCCCACGGGGACGUUCGAGUCCAACAAGCUCAGCCCGGCCGACCACUUCGCGGGCGCGUCCAGCGUCCCCGCCAAGAAGCCGGCCACGUCGUACUCGCCCUCGCCCGCCCCCUUCAUGUCCCUCCCGCGCUCCCUGAGCCUCCCGCCGGACCCCGCCUACGGCCGCUUCCACGGCCUCGAAAGCCCCACUCUGGCGAGCUUACUGGUCAGCCCCAAAUGCGAAGGAGGGGCGUUCGGCGGCCUCUUCAACGACAGCCCCGACAACGAGGGGCCGCCGGCCAGCCGGCAAUAG